GAGGACGAGUAUGAAGCAAGGGUGGGUGCUAGAUUUCCCAUAAAAUGGACCGCUCCAGAAGCUGCCAAUUAUAGUAAAUUUUCUAUAAAGUCUGAUGUAUGGUCUUUCGGAAUCUUACUAACAGAACUUGUUACAUAUGGGAGGAUUCCCUAUCCUGGCAUGACGAAUGCCGAAGUCCUCCAUCAAGUGGAGCACGGUUAUCGUAUGCCCUGUCCCCCCAAUUGUCCCACAACUCUUUACGACAUAAUGCUCGAGUGCUGGCACCGCGAUCCAAUGAAGAGACCCACGUUCGAAACGUUGCAAUGGAAACUUGAAGACUUUUUCACUUUGGAAGGAUCGGAAUAUAAAGAAGCGUCAGGUUACUGAGGUCGUGCCCACCCCCCUGCUGAUUGGCUGCGCAACACGAUCGACUUGCACUACCAUUAGAAGGGGAGGUGGUUGUUCUCGUAUAUCUUUAAAUUAAGGUCAAAAUUUAGUAAUUAAUAUCUUCUUCCUUUCCUUUUUUUAUUUUUACAAUUCCUUCUUGGAAUGCCAUAAGUACAUACAUACAACAGCAUUUAUUACUUUAUAAUUAUUUUUCUUAUGUUGUAGUAUAAUUUAAAAGGUACUCUACAGCUCAAUUCUUCUUGUAUAAGAUUUUGUACCUGUUUGCUACGAAGAAAGGAGGAGAAAAGAAAAAACUACAACAUUAACAGUAGUAGUUUAACGGCGACGACGUAUAAUCAUUAAUUUUUUAAGAUUGUUAAGUUUUAACAGUUUAAUAAUCCUCCUACGUGUCCGUUAUAUUAAAUUUAAAAGUCUUAUGGCCUUUGAAGGGCGUUUUUUCAUCUUUGUACGGAUGGGCUCGGAUAGCGCUUCUUUUGUCCUUUUAAAGUACCGUACUUGAAUAUUAUAUUAUUCAAUAACAAUUUUAUCCUUGUUGCAAUGCACAAACGAUACACCUAUUUUUUAUCCGUAUCAUAUACAAAAUACGAUACAUAAAAUAUAUAUGUAUAAAAUUUUUAAUUAAUUUCAUGCUUCACGUAUAUUUCUAUAGAAAAAAAAAAGAAAUGAUACUAGUAAGCGUAACAUUCCUAAUUAACCAAUGGAAAACGUAUUGUGCUCUUUUAAAUAAUAAAUACAAGUGUCGAAAUAACGCAAAAAUGCUAUUGCUAAGGCUAGAUUGUACAUUAUUGUACUAAAAUACUGUUUAUAUACUGUAAUAGGCACAAUUUUUAAUAUUUUUUGUAAAGUAGUUUUAAUUUAAUUAAAAGUAUAGUUAAACUUUAA